CUAGUUGAAGGGGGCUGUAGUGUUUAGCGGGGCGCUUCCGGGAGGCGGCGUUCAGACUGGUUCCUCGUCGCGCCGUUGUGCGGCGCAGCAUGGGCGGCGCGCGGGCCGCAGGUUGGGUGGCGGCAGGCCUGCUCCUGGGCGCGGGCGCGGGCUUCUGCCUGUAUCGCCUGGCGCGCGGCCGGCGGCGCGGCGGGCACGGGCUGCGCUCCUCGCGGUCCGCAGAAGAUUUAACCAAUGGUUCAUACGAUGAUAUUCUAAAUUCUCAACAACUUCAGAAACUCCUCUACCUGCUUGAAUCAACUGAGGAUCCUAUAAUUACUGAAAGAGCCUUGGUCACUCUGGGUAACAGUGCAGCCUUUUCAACCAACCAAGCAAUUAUUCGUGAAUUGGGUGGUAUUCCAAUUGUUGGAAAUAAAAUCAACAGUCCAAACCAGAGUAUUAAAGAGAAAGCUUUAAAUGCACUAAAUAACCUGAGUGUGAAUGUUGAAAAUCAAAUGAAGAUAAAGGUAUACAUCGGUCAAGUCUGCGAGGAUGUCCUGUCCGGUCCCCUGGACUCUGCUGUGCAGCUGGCCGGGCUGAGACUGCUAACAAACAUGACGGUUACCAAUGAGCACCAGCACAUGCUGAACAGUUUCCUUGCAGACCUGUUCCAUGUGUUACUAACUGGAAGUGGGACCACCAAGGUUCAAGUUUUGAAGCUGCUUGUGAAUUUAUCUGAAAAUCCAGCCAUGACAGAAGGACUUCUCAGUGUCCAGGUGGACUCAUCAUUCCUUUCCCUUUUUGAUGGCCAUGUGCCACAGGAGAUUCUUCUUCGAGUUCUUACACUAUUUCAGAAUAUAAAUAACUGCCUCAGAGUGGGAGGCCAUGCAGCUGUCCAGCCUCCUUUCCCUGAAGGUUCAUUGUUUUCCUUAUUGUAUGGAGAAGAAUGUGUCCAGAAAAUGAGAGCGUUAGUUUGUCAUGAUGAUAUGGACGUGAGAGAAAAGGUUGCAACAAUAAUACCAAACUUCUGAUUGGCUGUCCUAUUUUCCAGAGAAAUGCAGUCUGCUAGGUAACACACAGAAACUUACUCUCCGCCUUUUUAUAAAGGGAUUCUCUCUCAGCUGCUGAUUUUGAACUUCACAUUUUAUCUUUAACACAGUACAGGUUGUUGGGCAUCCUAAAUAUGACAUGAUGCUGAUUUAGAAUGUGAAGCAUUUCAGAUUUGGGGUUUUUGAAUUGAGUAAAGUCUAUGCAAGUAUUCCAAAGUCCAAAAAACUGAAGUGUGAAACACUUCUGGCCCCACCAUUUCAAAUAAAGGAUACUCAAUGUAUGUAACGUGCUAGGUCUUCUGGUUCAUUUUGGACCAUUUUAUUGACACUAAAAAAAUACAAGUUUGGACUAAAACCAGUUAUUUUGCUAUUUGCUGAGACACAUACUGCCUUCAGUGAAAUGGCAAUGACCUUUCUAUAUAGAGGACCCCUUUUCUUGGAAAUGACUUGCAGCGACUCAUCUGCAACAGCGUUAGUAUGGGAUUCGCUCAUCUGAGAACUGCCACAAGGACAGCCUUGUCCUUUAGCAUUGGUGAGAUCUGGAGUUAUGUCCACCUGCUAAACCAGCCAUAAUGCUUUCAGAAGUCUGUUGUAAUCAUCAGAAUCAAUUCUCACCAUUUCCAGUCAAUAAAAAAUUAAACUUUUGGGGGAAAA